AUGACUCAACAACAACUAUACUUGAAAUCAAUAGAUUGUGGUCCAACAGGCUCCAAUUCAUAUAAUAAACUUGCAAAUACACUUUCAAGUGAGGGUGAAUCGAUCACACUUAACAAUGGACAAUCAAUGACACAACAACUUUACUUGAAAGCAAUAGAGUGUGAUCCAGAGAAUUUACUAUCAUAUAAUAAUCUUACAACUACACUUUUAAGAGGUAAAUCAGUCAUACUCCCCAAUCGACAAAUUAUGACUGCCCAACAACUAUACUUGAAAGCAAAGCAAAUAAAUUUCAAUAAAAUUUAUUAUUAG